UGUUCAUACUCACUGUUAUUCUCACAUACUGUUAUUUGUUAUCUUAUCUUUUAAUUGCAACGAUGGAAUCUUUGUUCGCACUUUUUAUUUGCUAGAUAUCCGGAAAAAGCGUUAUCGGCACAAUCACGCUUGCACGCAAUUUUCUAAUGCAAUUUGUCAUUAAAAAAUAGGUAUUUUUUAGGCAUGUGGCACAAACUUAAUUGCACAGAAACGGAACGCACUCUGGAUGUACCUUUAGCACAUCUCUUUUCGCAUGCUGUGUGCAGGAGCCAUGAGGUAGUUAAAUGGCGCCAAGUAAUGGAAUCGUGACAAAUGGAAAGAAACAAUAGGGAAACUUUUAGUAUCACGUCUAUUUUUUCAAGUUAAAUAUAAUAUAUAGAGAAAGGAGAGAAUUUUAAUUGUAUCUAAAAGAAAUUGUAUCAGCACAUUUGAGAUAUGUCUUCUGUCAAAAAUCUAAGAAGAUCUGCUCGAAUAAAAACUUCUGUGAAAUAUGUCGAAGACAGCGAUGAAGAAAUACGCCAGAAUUCUCCACCUAAUUUAUUAAAAGCUGAAAUAGAGAAGCAGAUUGAAGAUAUAGAAGAAGAUUUACAGAAACCACUUGAAUUGUUUUCUGAUAAAGAUGUGAGUGGAAGUAAGCUCUAUGGAUUUCAAACACCAGUGAAAAAGAAUAGUAUGAUACUCAAAGCCAAUCAAUGUCGUAUGUCAAAUACUGAGACUCCAAAAAGUUUGAAAACACUUCCAAAUCUAAAAGUUGUUCUUGAAGAUAUUUUGCUAAGUCCAAAAAGUAAAAAUUUGGAAGCUGAUAACAAAGAUAUUGAUAGGAAAGUAUCCCGAAAACGAUGUUUGCCUAAUGUAAAUUCAAGUGGUGAUGAAAGUGUAUCAGAGGGAAGUGAAUAUAUGCCUAUAGAUAAUGAAGUUAGUUCAGAAACUGAUCAGGUAUCUGAUGAUAGUGAAGACAUUAGUGAAAAUGCAAGUUCUGAUUCAAGUGAGGAAGAAAAUGUUAUAAGGAAAAUAGGGAAAAAUGUGGCACAGAAAUCUCUGCCAAAACAUGAAAUACAAAAUACACCAAAAAAGACUAGAAGAGGACGUAAGACUAUUGUAUAUAAAGAUUAUCAUAUAAAGGCUGAUGAAUACUUCGAAUCUCAAUCAGAAAAACCAGUCACAUCUGACCAUACAUUAGGAAGACUGCGAAAUGCUCGUCUUACUGAAAAAACAUUAGAGGAAUUGUUAACAAACCAAAAUCAUAUUUCUAUGACACAUAAAAAACGUAUUUGUUCGUUAACGGAAAAUUAUAGAUCGUUUUUUUCCAUGUGGCAAUUCAUAAUGGAAGAAGGUUACAGUCUUCUUCUUCAUGGUUUAGGCUCAAAAAGGAAUUUAAUUAAUGAUUUCCAUAGUGAAAUUAUAGCUGAUCAUCCAACAUUGAUCAUAAAUGGAUUCUUUCCUAGUUUAUCAAUAAAAGAUAUACUCAAUACCAUAAUUGUAGAUUUUUUGGAUGCAGAUUGUCCAACAAAUCCUAACGACUGUCUAGAGAUUAUUGAAAAGAUUUUAAGAGAUAAUCCAGAUGAUCGACUCUAUUUAAUAAUUCACAAUAUAGAUGGUAUAAUACUGCGCUCUAACAAAGCUCAAAAUAUUCUUGCUAGCCUGGCAACUAUUCCAAAUAUUCAUGUGAUAGCAUCUGUAGAUCACAUCAAUGCACCACUUCUAUGGGACGAUAUAAAACGUGCCAAGUUCAAUUUCUAUUGGUGGGAUGUGACAACGUUUUUACCAUAUCAAGCUGAAACUGCCUAUGAAAGUUCUUUAAUGGUUCAACAAAGCGGUGCACUUGCUUUAUCUUCUCUCCAAAGUGUUUUUCUUUCUCUUACUUCAAAUACUCGAGCAAUUUAUUUAAUUCUUGUGAAGUAUCAAUUGAACAACAGCAGUAAUAAUUUCACAGGAAUGUCAUUCAAGGAUUUAUAUCGAGCAGCACGCGAACAGUUCCUGGUCAGUUCCGAUUUAGCAUUAAGAGCACAAUUAAUCGAAUUUGUAGACCACAAAUUAGUACGAACUAAACGCACCAUUGAUGGCGCUGAGCACCUCAUAAUACCUCUUGAUAAGAAUCUUCUUAAACAGUUUAUGGAACAACAUGGAUCAUAAUGCAUUUGGUAAACUUGAUAAAAUUAAGAAAAUAUACAAAAUUUUAUAAAAUAAAAAAGAUUAAUUAAUAGUGUA